AUGGAUGGCCUUGUGCACACAACAAUUAAAGGCUGCCUUCCCUGCCAAGCAGCAGUACCCCAGACAACUCGCGAACCACUAGUUAUCACCAAACCCGCUAAUGGGCCCCGGGAAGAACUCUCAAUUGACUUUUGUGGACCUUUUCCUGACGGCAAUUACGCCAUGGCGAUCAUUGACGACUUCUCAAAAUACCCUCUGGUGCAUGUGGUACGAUCUACCAGUGUCCGUGUGGUGCUUCCCAUCCUUCGAGCGGUGUUUGCUCAAUUUGGAAUCCCUCUACUUCUUAGAUCUGAUAAUGGACCCCCAUUCCAAAGUGCAGACCUCCAGGAGUUUGCUGCAGAACUUGGCUUUCAUCACCACCGAAUCACUCCGCUAUGGCCUCAAGCUAAUGGUGAGGCGGAGCGAUUCAUGAGAAACCUAAAGAAACAUGUCCACACUAGCAGUAAUUGGACAGCAGAGCUCGACAUAUUCCUCAUGGCCUACCGGUCGACCAAACAAGCAACAACUGGCAAGACACCCUAUGAACUAAUAUUCGGCAGGAAAAUGAAGAACCUCCUCCCGCAAUACUUCAUCCCCAAUCAAGAGGAAGCUCAAAUGGGUGUUGUGAAAUCAGCCAUGCUUCAUCAGAAAGUUCACAACAAGAACAAUGCUGAUCGUCGCAGACAUGCACGACCACAUCAACUUCACGUGGGGCAGAAAGUGCUUUGUAAACAAAUUCGGCACAACAGAUUCACACCGUACUACGAGCAGGUUCCCUAUACAAUCACCAACAUCAAAGGAUCGCAGGUCACGGCAUCAAACAAUAAGCGAACGAUAGUUCGCAACGCGAGCUUUUUCAAAGAUGCUACUGGAAUAUCACAAGCUCCAGAUAGUUCGACACUGGACACAGAUGAUCUGUUAUCUCGACCACUUGUAACGAACAGCAAGGACGCAGAUAGCGACUCAGUGGGACCUCCAAGCCAAUGCUGCCCUGAGAGAUGA